GCUGCGCGCCGUAAAUCAUGGAAACAGAGGCUUCAAAUUCGACAUCCUUCGGACGACGCUCCAACCGCGUAGUACCCUGUCGAUUUCACAACCACAACGGGUGCUUCAAAGGCGUCAACUGCACCUUCUCGCAUGAACCAGACUCUCGAAGCUACCCAGACCAGACCGGGCGCAACGUCUGCCUCUUCUUCCUCCGCGACAAGUGCAAAUACGACAACAAGUGCGUCUACUCGCACUCGAAGGAGCACCUCCCCGCCGGCGGCUGGUGGGAGACCGACGAGGGCAAGCAGCAGUUCGAGGCGUCGCUCGUCGCCGGAGGUUCAGGCGCCGCCGCCGCGGCGACGACGUCACGCCCGUGGACCGGGGCGGGGCGGCCGAAGAAGCCCAUGAGGCGCUUUUCGAACGAUUAUAUGUCCGACGACGAGGGCGUGCUUGGGUACAGCAGCAGGGACGUCAACGAGCUGUUGUCGCAGGGGGUGAAGCCGUGGGACGAUGAUGCCGACGAUGUUAUGGGCGCUAUCUCUGGCUACUAGCUGAGAAAUAGGCCUACUAUAUGCGCCAAAAAUAUUCAGCGAAAGGUGUCACGCAUGCGUGGGUUACAUGUAUGAGUAACAUCAGACUCUGCGUCCCAGUGUCCUCGACAGGAAACCAUUCAUGUCAUUCUAUACUUCUGUUCAUCGGGUCAUCGUUGGCCCUGUCACUACGAGUUGGGUAAGACCCAGAAUAAACAUACAGUUGCC